AGAACCUCCUGCUUGUUAUGUAAAGGUGACUUUAUACAAGAGGCAAACUGUACGGAGAGCUGUACUUUCACGACUGCGAUGGGAACCGACUCCCCUUUUUUGUUGGCUGCAGUGUCUCUUCUGUCUGCCCUGCACAUGGGUGAGCCAAAAAUGUCAGCAUACUUGUUCAGUAGUGGGAGCAGUGGGUAUUUACCAAGUACUUUCCUCACACCGCCAUAUCACAGUGGGAGUGUUUCAGGGUACCUGGCCCGGCGAGUUGGUUGGUCCAGGAUGGCCCACAAGGUCCUGCCUCCCUCUGUCACUGGACCUCCACAGUUUGAGAGGACUUUCCGCGCACAUCAGAACUGUGUGGAGUGUUACCCAGUGUUCCUGGUGACACUGUGGACCUGCGGGAUGUUCUUCAGUGAGUUGACUGCAGCUGCAGUGGGACUGGUGUACAUAAUCGCCCGACAGAUAUAUUUCAACGGAUAUGUCAAGUCCACCAAGAAAAGGUUACCUGGUUUUUACCUGACUUUGGCUGUCUUUGUCACUCUGUCCCUGCUGGGUUUGAUUGGAAUACUGCGUGGAAUACUACACAAGUACCUCCACAUCCACCUCUGAAGACCUCUGAACAACCAAAUAAAUAAUAGGCCAAUGAAAAGAGCUAGGAUUGUUCAUGGGUUUGCAACUCCAGUGUCAAUGUAGUUCAUAAUACAAUACAUACACUGUGGAAUAUUACUCUCCUGCACAGUGACUCCUUAAAUGAGGUCUUCACAUUUUAUAAAUUAAAGGUUGAUUAAUGAAAUAAAACAUGUUUUUAUUUA